AUUAGGGGAGAAAAAAAGGAAAAGAAAAAACAGAGUUCAGUUUUACAGUCCCAAAUUCAAUCCUGGUCCCUGGAGCUGGCAUCGGUGGGCAAUUUGUUUUAGCGUUAUCUUUAUCCGUUCUUUGCUCGCUCCAUCGCUCGAUUCCCACUCUUUUGCAACCUCCAGUUGGGGCUGGAGAUUGGAGACUGGAAACUAGAGACAUGAACAUCUUGGCAACUGGCUUCACUGCCCGAAUCUCCCCCACAUGUUCGACGAAAGUCCCAGUACGACGCCUUUGCUUCGGCAGCGCGUCAACAACGAGGCCGGCUUUUCUCAAAUUCUCACUAAACAACGGCAAAGCAACUCUUCCAAGAAGAAUCGUAUGCAUGGCGCUUAUGACGGGAUAAAAUGCAGGAACCUUAUCUAAUCACAAAACUGGAAUCCGCUGAGAAGACAUGGCAAGAAUUGUCGGUUAGGCUGGCUGAUCCAGAUGUAGUCUCAAAUCCAAGUGAAUAUCAAAAGCUGGCACAAUCUGUUGCAGAGCUUGAUGAGGUUGUGCUCACCUACAGAAGAUUUAAGACUUGCGAGAAGCAGUUAGAAGAAACAAAAGCUUUGGCAAAAGAAGAAGGUGCUGACGAAGACAUGGCAGAGAUGAUAUCUUCUGAAAUCGCAACUUUAACCGCUCAAAUCAAAGAUCUUGAGGAGAGGCUUAAGGUACUACUGCUUCCUACUGACCCUCUUGAUUCAAGAAAUAUAAUGCUUGAAGUGAGGGCUGGUACUGGUGGCGAUGAAGCUGGAAUUUGGGCUGGUGAUCUUGUACGCAUGUAUCAGAAGUACAGUGAAAGGAAUUCAUGGAAAGUCUCACCAGUUUCAAGCUCUGAGGCUGAAAAAGGUGGAUUUAAGACAUAUGUUAUGGAAAUCAAAGGAAAUCGUGUAUAUAGCAAAUUGAAAUAUGAGUCUGGUGUCCAUCGAGUACAACGUGUUCCUCAAACAGAAGCACAAGGCCGUGUUCACACGUCCACUGCAACUGUUGCUAUCAUGCCAGAGGCUGAUGAAGUUGAGGUGGAGAUUGAUCCAAAGGAUAUUGAGCUCACAACUGCACGUUCUGGUGGUGCUGGAGGGCAGAAUGUCAACAAGGUAGAGACAGCAAUUGAUCUUUUCCAUAAGCCUACAGGAAUAAGGAUUUUUUGCACAGAGGAGAGAACUCAGCUUCAGAACAAGAGUCGUGCUCUUCAAUUGUUGCGAGCAAAAUUGUAUGAAAUAAAAGUGAGAGAGCAGCAAGAGUCUAUAAGGAAUCAGAGGAAGUCACAGGUUGGAACCGGUGCACGUGCUGAGAAGAUCCGAACAUACAACUAUAAGGACAAUAGGGUUACUGAUCAUCGGUUGAAAAUGAACUUUGAGCUCACAUCGUUUCUCAGCGGUGACGUCGAAGCUGCUGUUCAGUCGUGUGCUGCCAUGGAACAGAAGGAGUUACUGCAAGAACUAGCCUUGUCUGUUGGGGCACUAGCUAGUUAAAUCGUUCUUUCAACUCAUGUAAAAAGUAGAAUGCUACUGGAUACGGCAGUGACACCCAGACGAUACGCAAGAGGUGCCCUCAAAUUGCCAUUAAAGUUUAAAAUUAGUUUGUUAGAUUCAUACGAAACUUUAACGAGUUGCUUUGUAAUCAGUUCUAUUCUGUUAUUACGUGUAUGGACAGGUCCUCUUUUUUUCCUUUUUUUUUUUUUUAAUAGACAGAGUCUCGUCUGAGUUUGCGCGUUUCUGGGAA